AUGGGUCGCGGCUCUUUUGGUCUGGCAUCUCGUCGGGCAAGAGGUUCAUUCCAGCGAGGCGGAUAUCGCGGAGGUUCGUUCCGAGGAGGCAGAGGUCGCGGACGCGGUCGCUCAGGCGGCGCCAGCGCGGAAGGAAGCGCACCCACGAGAGAUGAGGAAGGCACACAGCUAGAGGAGCGUUUUGAGCAAGUCAGGGUGAACGAUGAGGUGGACGAAAAGCUCGGGUUCGCGAGAGUGCAGGAUGGACCGAAGAGGGAGGGGUGGUUGGUUAACAUGCAUCCGACAUUGGUUAAAGAUCCUGAUUGGCCUGGAGGGAAAGCGGGCGUGGACUACUACUUUAUUCAAGACGACGGGGACCUCUUCAAGUGCACAUUCCUCUAUGAACCGUAUUUCUGCGUCGCUUGCAAGAAUGGGACAGAGACAAUGGUGGAAGAGUGGCUGCUGAAGAAAUACGAAGGCGUCAUUUGCCGGAUCACCCGCGAACGCAAAGAGGACCUCCAAAUGCCCAACCAUCUCAUGGGUCACCGCCGACUAUUCCUACAACUUCACUUUCGCAACGUCUCCGAUCUGCUCAGCGUUCGGCGAGACAUUGUGCCUCUGGCCCUGGCCAAUGGUGCCAAACGGGAUGCCGUAGACGCGUACGCCGAGGUAGUCAAUGCUACCGCCGAGAACGCCGGUAUGCAGAUCGAACUCGAAGACGAGGACAUGCGUGGGUCCAGUCGGGAGAAGGAUCCGCGCGAGGCUAUCAUCGACGUGCGCGAGUACGACGUCCCGUACUACCUGCGGGUCGCCAUCGACAACGAGAUUCGAGUUGGUCUGUGGUACGCGGUGACGUUCACUGCGGGCCAGCCAUCCUUCAAGCACAUUGCGGAGAGGGUGAAGCGUGCCGACCCGGUCGUCAUGGCGUACGAUAUAGAGACAACCAAGGCGCCGCUGAAAUUCCCUGAUCAGGCCAUUGACCAGGUUAUGAUGAUCUCGUACAUGGUGGACGGUCAAGGCUACUUGAUCACGAAUCGGGAGAUCGUCAGCGAGGAUAUCGAGGACUUCGAAUAUACGCCCAAGGAGGGCUACGAAGGCCCAUUCACAAUCUUCAACGAGCCAGACGAAGCGGCCGCUAUCACGCGUUUCUUCCAGCACAUCCAAGAAGUCAAGCCGACUGUUAUGGCAACAUUCAACGGCGACUUCUUCGAUUUUCCAUUCCUAUGCGCACGCUCUAAGGUCCACGGUAUUGACAUGUUCCUGGAGACUGGUUUCGCAAUAGACUCGGAAGACGAGUUCAAGAGCAAGACUUGCGUCCACAUGGACUGCUUCCGCUGGGUCAAGCGGGACUCAUACCUGCCCCAAGGUAGUCAAGGUUUGAAAGCCGUCACGACGGCGAAGCUGGGCUAUGACCCUAUCGAACUUGACCCCGAACUCAUGACACCAUAUGCUAUGGAGCAGCCGCAAGUUCUGGCACAAUAUUCCGUGUCCGAUGCCGUUGCCACAUAUUAUCUGUACAUGAAAUACGUUCAUCCCUUCAUAUUCUCACUUUGCAACAUCAUUCCGCUGAAACCCGACGAAGUCUUGCGGAAAGGCAGCGGCACUCUCUGCGAAACUCUGCUCAUGGUGGAAGCCUACAGAGGGCACAUCAUUAUGCCCAACAGGCACGAAGAGGCUCAAGGGAAUAUGUACGAAGGUCAUCUGCUCGCCUCGGAGACGUAUGUCGGUGGUCACGUCGAAGCCCUUGAAGCUGGAGUAUUCCGAAGUGAUAUCGCUACGCAUUUUAAGAUUGAACCGUCGGCCGCUCAGAAGCUGAUCGACGAACUGGAUGCUGCUCUCAUGUUCUGCAUCGUCAAGGAGUCUAAAGCGUCCAUGGAGGACGUUACGAAUUAUGACGAAGUCAAGCAGCAGAUUCAAUCAGCUCUGGAAGAGAUGCGAGAUAAUCCUUUGCGCCAUGACAAACCCCUGAUCUACCAUUUGGAUGUCGCGGCGAUGUAUCCAAAUAUCAUGUUGUCGAACCGACUUCAACCCGACUCCGUCGUCGAUGAGUCCGUCUGCGCUGUUUGUGACUAUAAUCGACCAGGGAAGCAAUGCGAUCGGCGUAUGACAUGGGCUUGGAGGGGAGAGUUUUUCCCGGCGCACCGAGACGAAUACAAUAUGAUCAGACAUGCCUUGAAUCAGGAGACGUUCCUAUCCAAGAGACCUGGAGGGCCCCAUCGACGAUUCACGGACUUGUCUGAGUCAGAGCAGACUGCGCUGAUCCACAAGCGGCUCGGUGACUAUUCGCGCAAAGUGUAUAAGAAGAUGAAGGACACCAAGGUCGAGAAUCGCGAAUCUAUCAUAUGCCAACGCGAAAACCCUUUCUAUAUCGAUACCGUCCGAACGUUCCGAGAUCGGCGAUACGAAUACAAGGGUCUUCACAAGACUUGGAAGAAGAAUCUCGAUAGCUUCGUGUCGGAGGGACGUACUAUCGCUGAGGUGGAAGAGGCGAAGAAGAUGAUAGUGCUCUACGACUCCCUCCAGCUUGCCCACAAGUGCAUCCUGAACUCCUUCUACGGCUACGUCAUGAGGAAAGGCGCUCGCUGGCACUCCAUGGAGAUGGCUGGUAUCACAUGUUUGACGGGGGCGACUAUUAUUCAGAUGGCUCGGCAGCUCGUUGAGCAGCUUGGACGUCCCCUCGAAUUGGAUACUGACGGUAUCUGGUGCAUGCUGCCCGGAAUAUUUCCGGAGAACUUCAAGUUCAAACUGAAGAACGGCAAGGCUAUCGCCUUCUCGUACCCUUGUACCAUGCUCAAUCACCUCGUGCACGACAAGUUCACGAAUCAUCAAUACCACGACCUUGAUCCAGUAACGGGUCAAUAUACGAUACAUAGCGAGAACUCCAUCUUUUUCGAACUCGACGGGCCUUAUAAGGCCAUGAUCCUUCCCUCCUCGAAAGAAGAGGACAAAUUGCUGAAGAAGCGGUACGCGGUAUUCAAUGACGAUGGGUCGCUGGCGGAAUUGAAGGGCUUCGAGGUUAAGCGACGUGGCGAAUUGCAGCUAAUCAAGAUUUUUCAGUCGCAAAUCUUUGAGAAGUUCCUUCUAGGAUCUACGACCGAGGAGUGUUACGCUGCGGUUGCUGAAGUCGCUGACCGAUGGCUGGAUGUUCUCUUCAGCAGGGCGGAGAAUAUGCCGGACAAUGAGCUCUUCGACCUUAUCGCCGAGAACCGAAGCAUGUCGAAAACAUUGGCUGAAUACGGCGGACAGAAGUCGACAUCGAUUAGUACUGCGAAACGUCUUGCAGAAUUCCUGGGCGAUCAGAUGGUGAAAGACAAAGGCUUAGCCUGCAAGUUCAUUAUAUCAGCUCGUCCCAUGGGUGCACCAGUCACGGAACGAGCUAUUCCGGUCGCGAUCUUUUCCGCCGAAGAGAGCGUCAAGAGGACGUAUUUGCGGAAGUGGCUGAAAGAUAACAGCUUGGCCAACUUCGAUAUUCGCUCCAUCUUGGAUUGGGAAUAUUACAUCGAACGCUUAGGAUCCGUUAUCCAGAAGCUGAUCACCAUCCCGGCUGCGAUGCAGAAGGUCGCCAAUCCUGUUCCUCGUAUUCACCAUCCCGACUGGCUGCAUCGGCGUGUAGUAGCUAUGGACGAUAAAUUUCGGCAGCACAAAGUCACUGACUUCUUCAAGCGCGCUACUGAGGAAGAUAAGAUGACGCAAGAUUCUGUGGAUGACAUGGAGGAUUUCGGCAAUCGCAGACCGGACGGACAGCUGCGCAUCAAGCCAAACAACCGCAAGGCUGCCCCGAGGAAUGAAGAGUCACAAGAAGAAGUCCAAACUCAAGAACCCGCGGAGGAGAAACUGCCGAACCCGUCAGAGAAUUAUCGUGAAUGGCUUCGAGUAAUGAACUCUAGAUGGCGAAGAAGGCGGGCGGCGCGCUUCGGUGAUCCCAACUCAACUGUUGUGCCUGCAAUGUUCAGAGGCGGCCGAGUAAGGACCGUGCACCGCUGGGACAUAGUGCAAUUGCGACCAAGCAAGGUCCCGGGACGAUACACUCUAUGGCUGUCCAUCGAUUCUGAACUCGUUGCGAUCCCGCUCCGUGUUCCGCGCGAGUUCUACAUUCAUUUUAGGAGCCCACCGAAGCAGGAUAAAUUCCAAGUUGAUCAAUACUUCUGCGAGCAAGUAGUCAAACAUUUACCUCGCGGACAGCCUUGCGUCAAUUUAUACAAAAUCUCAGUCCGCGAAGAUAUUUAUCAAGAUGGACAUGACCACUUUGUAGACCUCACGAUAGAUCCCAACGUGGACAGUGUCUUCGAGUUGCAGACUUGUGUCAUGGACGACAAGACUAUGACACUGAAUAGAGCAGAGAGUGCCGGAGUGGACCUCCAUCAGCUCACCCAUGCCGAACCUUCCAUGACACGCGGUAAAUAUCUCAACGGUGGCACGGGAGGCAAAUACAUAUUCGUCUACCACGCUUGCUCGAACAACGCACCAGUGCAUGUUUUUGCCGUCUUCCAUCCUGACGGCUCCGUCAAGCUGCACAUUGUCGACCCAGCGACCCGCCGACAAGGGAUUCCCCGGAUGCAGGAAUUGUACAAUGAACUACUGUCCAGACAUCGGGCAGCGAACGGCGCGAGCUACUCGGUGCAAUAUCAGGAGAUGCUCACUUUCGAUACGACCUAUCACAGCAGUGAUGUGACCGCUCUGAAAGCAGUAUCUCGGGAACUUGGAUUACUCGAAGGCCGAUCGUACACUGUAGUUAUCUCGUCCAUGAAAGAGCAAAUAUAUUUCGACAGCCAUGUCCCGAGGCUAGCGAAGUUCCCCGUCUUGUCCAUGUCCAAGGCGAAGGGUCCCCAUAGCCUGGAUGUGUUCCCAUGGCAAGCGAACGUUGCGCAGAAGAUGCUCAGCCGGUACCUGUCACUGGGUCCAUGGCUUGAUCGGACGAUAUCUCUCGCGGACUACUACGACGUACCAGUCGGCCAUAUCGAAGGCGACUUGCCUCUCUAUGUUGCUGAUCUCGAAUUCGCCAGGCGUCUCCUCAAAGAAGACAUGGUUUUAUGGUGGUCUCCUGGGGACCGGCCCGACCUUGGAGGAAUUGAAGAGGACAAGCGACAGACUCAGGAAAUCGCCAGCACGGAGUUCCUGUCGCCUGGGUGCUAUGUCAACGUCUGCUUGGAGAUCGCGGUUCGUAACCUGGCGGUGAACUCAGUGUUGCACUCUGUCGUAGUCAACGAGCUGGAAGGCAGCGGCGGAGCAACCGCGUUCGACUCAGUCUCACACACUCUGGACGAAUACACCGGCCGCGAUGCUCCUCGGGAUCUCACCCUAGGCGAAUCAAAUGUCUCUCCGAAGACCUUGAACGUCCUGAAGUCUAUGAUCAAAACCUGGCUUCUGGACAAAAUUCAAGGUAACUUCGAGAGCCCCGCUACUCUUGCUAUUGAUCACUUCUGGAGGUGGAUUAGCUCGAACGCAUCGAACAUGUAUGACGGAAGUAUCCACAGAUUUGUCCACAGUCUUAUGCGGAAGACCUUCAUACAACUUCUGGCUGAAUUCAAGCGGCUCGGGUCUCAUGUCGUCUACGCAGACUUCAGCCGUAUCCUGUUGGUGACUUCGAAACCACCAGGCACAGCUCACGCCUAUGCAACAUACAUUACCACAGCUGUCACAUCGCACGAAUUGUUCCAGCAUGUCUACCUGAAUACCGAACGCUUCUACGAUUUCCUCGUAUUCAUGGAUCAAGCUAAUCUAGGCGGCGUGGUCUGCGAGGAUCCUUUAGCCAUCGAACCCCCAGAGGAACUCGCUAUAGAAAUGCGGUGGAACAUCGAGACCUUCCUGCCCAAGGCUAUCCAGGAAGACUUCCGGAGCAUCGUCCGUUUCUUUGUCAUUAACCUGUACCGAACCCAGCAGCAAAACCGAGACACGUCUCGUACGCCGUUGCGACUCUUGCAGAACGCCGCUCCAGAAGCUACCCAGCGGGACGCGGGGAAGGUCAAGGAGAUGGAGGCCACGCGAGAAUUCAUCGCGCGGCGCCUCACGCGCCGCUGCCUCAAGACGGUCGGGAAUAUCCUCGAGCGGUACCGCUACUCCCAAAUGCAGGACGAGCCGGACGAGGACUUCUCCUUCCCCGUCCUGCCGGGGGCGCACCUCGCGAUGACGAACCCGCCGCUCGAAUUCGUCAAGUUCGUCUGCGCGGUGUUCCACCUCGCGAAGGACUACCAGGUCGAGAUGGGCCUGCUGCGGCGGAACCUGCUCGAGCUCGUCGGCGUGCGCGAGUUCGCCGACGACGCGGUGUUCCGCAACCCGUGCGAGCCGCUGCGCCUGACGAACGUGCCCUGCCGGCACUGCGACGCGCUGCGCGACUUUGACUUCUGCCGCGACACGGAGCUGCUCCCGAGCAGUGCGCAGAUGACGCCGCGCUGGGCGUGCGGCGAGUGCGGCGGGGAUUUUGAUAGGACUGCGAUCGAGCUCGCGCUAAUUGAUAUUGUGUACACCCUCGAGCGCACGUUCACGCAGCAAGAUUUGCGCUGCUCGAAGUGCAAGCAGAUUCAGUCGGAUAAUGUCUCAAGGCAUUGCCAGUGCUCUGGGGCGUACCAGCUCACGAUCAGCAAGGCGGACGUGCGGAGAAAAUUGAAGACGAUUGUAAAUGUGGCUAUGGUGCACAACCUCGGUCGGUUGAGGGAAUGCGCACAGACGCUCCUGGAGAACUGGUGAUCGUGAGCGGACGGAGCUUGGGAUAGAUGAAUACCUUGUCAUAUCGAUACCAUAUAGCAGUACUGUAUUUUUAGCGCUUUUCAGUCUCGCUUUGUACGCAACUCUUGCAAUGUUCCAUUAAUAAUAACAGAUCCAUCGACGACGGCUUAC